AUGACACCUUUUCCAAACCCCAUUUUUCUUCAUCUGCUGUUGAUGCCAUGUGCAUGGGGAAAAUGCAUCUUUGAUGAGGUGCAAAGUUCAAUCCGGGUGCUGUCUCCUCCAGACAAUCAACCAAGCCCUUCAGAUUGGGCCUUCAAAGAUGAUGUGAAGCAUAAGGUGUCUGUCAAUGAACAAGAAGAUUGGCUGACGCAUGUUCAGAUCCCGAACCAUCCGAAUACCAUAUCAUAUUAUUCUCCAUCCCAAAGAUCUAAAAGGAUGGUCAGGAAUAGGAUUAAAGCCAUUCAUAAACCACAGCCAAUUAGGAUUAAGACAUGGACUCCGCCAGACAGCCCUGUCCUCUCACAGUGGGAAACAGAGAGACUGGAAGCAGCUAUCAGUGAGGCAAUCAGCACAGUGUCUAAAUUACUCGCAGUAUGGAGGGUCAGCAGGAAGCUUCUGUUGAACAGAGAUACCAAUAAGUACUGCCGCUUCAUCUGGAGGAACAGCAGCUCUGCCAACUUCAACAAAUGUGGCAGAGCCAGUGAUAACUAUCAGGCUGAGAGCUGUCUGGGUGUGACUAUCCCAGAUGACCACCUGAGUGGCUGUGUUAUUUACCCUCAUCCUGACCAGCCAGACCUGAAAGUGAUAAAACCAGAUGGGGUGGGAAUUCCUGACACAGAUGUCCUACUUUAUGUGAAAGUUCAAAGCACUGAUAAAUGCAGAGCUGAUUCUAGCAUACUGGCCUAUUCAGCUCAUUGUCAGAGUGAUUCAGAGGGGCGACCGGUGGCUGGCGUUAUGAUCAUUUGCAGGGAGCCACUAAGCAUUGAGGGAUUCAGUCAUGAACACACGGUGCAGACUGUGAUCCAUGAGUUGUUGCAUGUGCUGGGUUUCAGUAAAGAACUCUUCAGCAAGUGGACAGACCGUUCCCUCUACUCCCAGAGCAUAGACUCCUUUUAUCAUGGUCACGUGAUUCACACUGAUGAGUCUGGACAGAUGAGGCUCUACACUCCUAAUGUGAAUAAGGCUUUACACACACACCUCAACACCACACACACUGACUUGGGUGCUCCACUAGAAAAUCAGGAUGCUGAUUCUCAUGGUUUCUCCUCACACUGGGAGGCUCGAGUUCUGCAAGGUUCCAUUAUGGCAUCCGUGUUGGCAGAACCGCCUCUGGUUCGGAUUGAUGUCAUCACUCUCUCAGCCCUCCAAGACACCGGCUGGUACUCAGUCAACCUCAGCCAAGCCCAGAACUUGCUUUGGGGAGAGAAUGAAGGUGCUUUCUUUGGGUCUGUUUCCACCUGUAAGAGGUCCUCAACCUUCUUCUGUACUGGCAGUGGAUUUGGUUGCCAUUAUCUUCACCUCCACAAGGGGGUGUGCCAGAGUGAUCAGUAUUUGGAGGGAUGUCGAAUUUACAAACCUUUAGCCAAUGGUAGUGAAUGUUGGAAAGAAAAGAAUGAGACAGGGAGUGGAACAGAGGUGUGGAGCGGAGAGAUUUUUCACACAGACAGCCGCUGUUUUCUCUCAAACAUUAUCAGAGAGGACCAUUUCUCCUUCAACACCUCUGUAUCAGGCCGCUGUUACAGGCACAGGUGCACUGGAAGGAAUAGGUACCAGAUCCAGGUGCUGGGUUCUGAUUGGCUGGACUGCCCACCUGGGAGGAGCAUCAAGGUGUUUGGAUAUCGGGGUGCCAUUUUCUGCCCUGACAAUAGAUUAUGUCAUUACCCUGAUAUAGCUCCUCCCACUUCACUGCACAAGCCCCUCCCCUCACUUCUGCUUCUCACUACACCUCCAUCUCGUCUCCUGUCUGAAGAGUGGCUGCGGUGUUCGAUCUGUCUGGAUGUGUUCACUGAUCCACUCACCACUUCAUGUGGGCACAACUUCUGUAAGAGCUGCCUUACACAGUGCUGGGAGAAGAGUCUACACUGUUACUGUCCAUUAUGUAAAGAGAAAUUCACCAAGAAACCUGAACUGAAGAUUAAUACAACACUGAGAGAGGUUGCAGAUCUCUUCAAGAAGAAACGUGGGGUUCUUUGUGAUGUCUGCACUGGAGAGAAGCUGAAGGCCCUGAAAUCCUGUCUGGAUUGUGUUCUGACUUUGCGUAAAUCUCAUUUAGAACCUCAUAAUCAUGUUCCAAGACUUAAGGAACACAAAUUAAUAAACCCUGUGGAGAACCUGGAGGACUACAUAUGCCAGAAACAUGAGAGACCUCUGGAGCUGUUCUGUCGAGAUGAUCAGACCCCUCCACACACCACGAACUGGACUGAGAUCAGGAUUAACACUGAUCUGAGUGGGGACACUGUGAGGAGAGCGCUGUCUCAGCUUAAGCAGACUCUGAAUGAGAAACUCACGAAAACACUCGAAGACAAGUUAAAGGAAGCAGUUUCCACAGAACUGAACAGGAUUCAGCAGUAUGCAAACUGA